GCGGGGCUCAGGUGCUGCGCAGCGCGGCCCGGGCCUGGCAGGGGAGGGGGCGAGCGUCAGGGCGGGGAGGGGCGGAGGGGCGGAGGGGCGGAGGGGGUUACGCCUGCGACGUCGGCGGCGCCGGGCUUCGCGCGUGAGCAGCGCGGGCGCUGGGCCUGGCUACCGAGCCUUCCCCGCUGGCGAGCAGGUCGUCGACGCCGGCUCCUGGAGGAGCGCGGGGCGGAGGGAGGUGUCGUGUCAGCGGUGUAGUCGACGGCGGCCCCGGCCAUGGAAGAGACGCAGCCGCUUCCGCAGUCCGAGCUGCCGCUGUGCGACAGCCUCAUCAUCUGGCUGCAGACAUUCAAUACUGCUGCACCUUGUCAAGAUGUCAAACAGCUGACUAAUGGAGUUGCCAUGGCACAAGUUCUAAAUAAAAUAGACGUAGCUUGUUUCGAUGAAUCUUGGUUAAGUCGAAUUAAAGAAGAUACUGGUGACAACUGGAGAAUAAAGGCUAGUAAUUUAAAGAAGGUACUUCAAGGAAUUAUGAAAUAUUAUAAUGAGUUUUUAGGACAACAGAUUUCCGAAGAACUUAUUCCUGAUUUAAACCAAAUAACUGAAUGUUCAGAUUCUGUGGAGCUUGGGAGGUUGCUCCAACUUAUUUUAGGUUGUGCAGUCAACUGUGAAAAGAAACAAGAACAUAUUAAAAAUAUAAUGACAUUGGAAGAGUCUGUUCAACAUGUGGUCAUGACUGCUAUUCAAGAGUUGAUGAGUAAAGAAAUAUUGAACUCGCCUACAAGUGAUGCUGUUGGAGAAUUAGAGCAGCAGCUUAAAAGGGCCUUGGAAGAACUUCAGGAAUCUGUAGCAGAAAAAGAAGAACUGAGGCAAAGAUGCCAAGAACUAGAUCUGCAGGUGACUGCACUUCAGGAUGAAAAGAAUUCACUGGUUUCUGAGAAUGAGAUGAUGAAUGAAAAACUUGACCAGUUGGAUGGAUCUUUUGAUGAUCCAAAUACAAUGGUUGCAAAAAAGUAUUUUCAUGCACAGUUACAACUAGAACAGUUACAAGAAGAAAACUACAGGCUUGAAGCUGCAAAAGAUGAUUAUCGCGUUCACUGUGAAGAACUUGAAAAGCAACUAAUUGAAUUUCAGCAUAGAAAUGAUGAAUUGACCAGUCUUGCUGAAGAAACAAGAGCCCUAAAAGAUGAAAUAGAUGUUCUUAGAGCUACUUCUGAUAAAGCAAAUAAAUUGGAGUCAACAGUUGAGAUAUAUCGACAGAAGCUACAAGAUCUAAGUGACCUUCGCAAGCAGGUGAAAACGUUACAGGAAACAAAUAUGAUGUAUAUGCAUAACACAGUCAGCUUAGAAGAAGAACUAAAGAAGGCAAAUGCGGCACGUACACAAUUAGAAACAUACAAGAGGCAGGUUCAGGAUCUGCACAUUAAACUUUCCUCUGAAUCCAAAAGGGCAGACACACUAGCAUUUGAAAUGAAGCGACUUGAAGAAAAACAUGAAGCUUUACUUAAAGAAAAAGAGAGACUAAUAGAACAGCGUGAUACUCUGAAAGAAACAAAUGAAGAGCUUCGUUGUUCCCAAGUUCAGCAGGAUCACUUAAAUCAAACAGGUGCAUCUGCUACCAAAAGUUAUGAGAACCUUGCUGCUGAGAUUAUGCCAGUAGAGUAUAGGGAGGUGUUUAUUCGACUGCAACAUGAAAAUAAGAUGCUACGCUUACAGCAGGAAGGUACUGAAAAUGAACGCAUUGAAGAACUUCAGGAGCAGCUAGAACAGAAGCACCGCAAGAUGAAUGAAUUAGAAACCGAGCAAAGGCUGAGCAAGGAGCGCAUUCGAGAAUUGCAACAGCAAAUUGAGGACCUCCAGAGGUCUUUACAGGAACAAGGAUCCAAGUCUGAAGGAGAAAGUUCCAGCAAACUAAAGCAGAAGUUGGAAGCUCAUAUGGAAAAACUAACAGAAGUCCAUGAAGAAUUACAGAAAAAACAAGAGCUGAUUGAAGACCUUCAGCCUGACAUAAACCAGAAUGCACAAAAGAUCACUGAACUUGAAGCUGCUCUUCAGAAGAAAGAUGAAGAUAUGAAAGCAAUGGAAGAAAGAUAUAAAAUGUACUUGGAAAAAGCAAGAAAUGUAAUAAAAACAUUAGAUCCCAAAUUAAAUCCAGCAUCCGCUGAAAUAAUGCUACUAAGAAAGCAGUUGGCUGAAAAAGAGAGAAGAAUUGAAAUUCUGGAGAGUGAAUGUAAAGUGGCAAAAUUCCGUGAUUACGAAGAAAAACUCAUUGUUUCUGCUUGGUAUAAUAAGAGUCUAGCAUUCCAGAAAUUGGGCAUGGAGUCCAGACUUGUGAGUGGCAGUGGUGCUGGCAAAGACACUGGGCCUUGUACUCCCGCACGUUCAUUCUUAGCACAACAACGGCACAUCACCAACACCAGAAGAAACCUCUCUGUGAAAGUUCCUGCUACAGCAUCAGAUUAAACUGCAAAA